AUGGAGGAUGGCAAUGUGCUGCCGACUCAAGAUGGGGCUAUCUCAGUAGCUUCUGCAUUUGCUGGUCAUCAAGAAGCUGUGCAGGACAGAGACCACAAGUUCUUGACUCGAGCUGUUGAAGAAGCAUAUAAAGGUGUUGAUUGUGGGGAUGGAGGCCCGUUUGGGGCAGUUGUUGUUUGCAAUGACGAAGUAGUCGUGAGCUGUCACAACAUGGUUCUCAAACACACCGACCCAACUGCUCAUGCCGAGGUCACAGCUGUUAGGGAGGCUUGUAAAAAGCUCAACCGAAUCGAACUGUCAGAUUGUGAAAUCUAUGCAUCCUGCGAGCCAUGCCCAAUGUGCUUCGGUGCCAUCCAUCUCUCCAGAAUCAAGAGGUUGGUCUACGGGGCGAAAGCUGAAGCAGCAAUAGCAAUAGGGUUUGACGAUUUCAUUGCCGAUGCUUUAAGAGGUACAGGUUUUUACCAGAAGGCUAAUUUGGAGAUCAAGCAGGCCGAUGGGAAUGGAGCUGUUAUUGCAGAACAAGUGUUUGAAAGGACCAAAGCCAAGUUUACCAUGUAUUGA